AUGACAGAUGAACCCUAUGCCACCAACAUUCACCGUCUGUCGCCUUACGAACGCGAAAACCCUCCGGGGAUCGUCCCUAGCCAUGGCAUAAGCAUCAAUCUCCCCACGCCCGCCGUUGCUGAGCAUCAUCCGCUGCCGGUCCGACACCUGUACGCCAGAUGCACCUGAAACACAAGACACGUCCCCACUGACUGCUGCAAGAUCUGCGCCAGCUUAUCAAAGCCCUCUCCGACACCACAAGCGAGCACCCUCACGAUCGAAACAAGUCAAAGAGACGCUGAACGCGCGCUCGCAUUACGGCAGUAGCGACGACGAUGGCGGCGCCAUUCACCGGAUCAACCAGUACAUCAUCAAGCAAGAGAUAGGCAGGGGAAGCUUCGGCGCCGUACAUCUGGCCGUGGAUCAGUAUGGAAACGAACAUGUGAGCCUCCGCGGCCCCUGAAGGAGUGGAUAUACUGCUCUCUCCCUCGCGCUCCAGCUGCAGAUUCGCUCGUGCCACACUAUACUGACCAGCGGGACACGCAGGCGGUCAAGGAAUUCUCGAAAUCGCGGUUGCGGAAACGAGCGCAGUCCAACCUGCUACGGAAACCGAAUCAGCAAAGGCACCCGGGACAUUUGGCCGCAGGCAUCGGUUUCAACUCUCCACUGCAUCGGAUGUCGUCCUCGGACAAGCUCAAUGGCGACAACAACAACUCCCUCAGCCUGAUAAAGGAAGAAAUCGCCAUCAUGAAGAAGCUCGAUCAUCCCAAUUUGGUCACGCUCAUUGAAGUGCUGGACGACCCUCAGGAGGAUUCCCUGUACAUGGUCCUCGAAAUGUGCAAGAAGGGCGUCGUCAUGAAAGUCGGCCUUGAUGAGCGCGCAGAGCCGUAUGAGGAGGAAGCAUGCCGAUGUUGGUUUCGCGAUAUGAUACUGGGGAUCGAAUACCUGCAUGCACAGGGCAUCAUACAUCGUGACAUCAAGCCCGACAACUGCCUCAUCACGCAUGACGAUGUGUUGAAGAUUGUGGACUUUGGUGUGAGUGAGAUGUUUGAGAAAGAGUCGGAUAUGAACACUACCAAGUCGGCUGGAAGUCCCGCUUUCAUGCCCCCGGAGCUGUGCGUAGUCCGACACGGCCCUGUGAGCGGGAAAGCGGCGGAUAUCUGGAGCAUGGGCGUGACGCUGUACUGCUUGCGGUAUGGCCAUAUACCUUUUGAGAAGUCGGGGAUGCUCGAACUGUACGAGAGCAUCAAGAGUGAGGAAGCCCCUCUGGACGAAGAACAGAACGAGAGCUUUCGAGAUCUCAUGCGCAGGCUUCUGGAGAAGGAUGCGGAGAAAAGAAUUACCAUGGAAGAGCUACGGGUAAGUGCAAGAAUUGCGCCAGGUGCUGCGUGAAGGCUGAACAUCAUCCAGGAACACCCGUGGGUUACAAAAAGCGGAGCUGACCCAAUGAUGCCUGCCGAAGAGAAUUGUGCAACGAUUGUCGAACCUCCAACAGAAGCUGAGAUGGACCAGGCCAUCACUGGCAACAUGGCGCAUCUCAUGGUUGUAAUGAAAGCGGUCAAGCGUUUCAAGGACCUUCUGGCAAGGAGACGGCCGCAGUUCAUGGACGGAAUCUUUGGGCGCGACACUCGUAUUGUAGCGCCCCCUCAUACGCUCCACGGUUCAAGUCGCAGCGCGGACAGCGCCGACCGCCGACCGAUCGAGACCGUGCUGACUACGGAAGGAGUGCAUCGGGACAUGAAUCAGGAAAUCUUGAAGGCGACACAUGCCAUGGAUAGGCGAAGGAUCUCCACGGAUCACAUCAGCGGCCCUGACUACCCGAAAGAGAGCCUCAUGAACUCCCCGGAGCAGCUGAAACCAGAGAUUGACAGUCCUCGCGCAGAUUCGUUUCCAACAAGAGCUCAAACAUUGCCCGUUGAUGAGCAUGCCAAAGGCCACGCUCACGAUCCGCUCCAGGACAGACUGUUCCUCCACAUUGGAGCUGGUGCUGACAACCCCCAUUCCGGUACUGACGAGUCCGGUGAUCCAAUCGUGAGCGAGAGUCCUGGAGGCGUGGAAGAUGAUAUAUAUGAAUCGGCGUAUCAAGAGGAGAUCAAGCGUAUUCUGGAAGAACGUGAAAACGCAAAUAUUCAUCUUACGAGACGCGUGGAGCAUAUUGAGAGUCUCAGGAAGCACCCAAAUAUCGUCUCGGGACCGCUCAAUGACGCGCUCAAUCUCGCUGGAAGCACUGCCAGGAGAAUGGAUAACCGCAUCCGGACUGGAGGUUUUGCCGCUCUCGUCAGGGACGCGAGGGACAAGGCUCGUGCUACUGUUGCGGAAGCUGAGAGCUCAAAUGCAAGUCUCUUCGGCACUGACACUGCCGCUGGCCGAGAGGCCAGGGAUGAGAGCCAGGCUGCUGCCGACGAAGCUAGCCUUGAUGGAUCUUCCAAGGACACGAACUCCGCUGCCGACUCUGACGCCCGAUCCCCGCGGCCGGAGACGAUGAGGCUGAGGGAUUACGCGAAGGCUUCCGCUAGCACGGCCCUGAAAGGUCUUUCAAGACGGAUUGACGAGACUGCCGCGAGGCUUGAUUCGAGGGGGAGAACGCAGCCUUAUCCGGAGACUUGA